AUGGCAGAUUAAAGAAAUAGAUCACCUGAAGAUCUUGUAUAUUACUUCUAAUAGAAUUACUUACAUUAAAUGCGUAGAAAAACACAUUAAACCAUACUUUAAGUUGAAAUUCAAUAAGCCAGAAUUAAUAAAUCACAUUCCACUCAUAUUUCUUAACCAAUAUCUUCAGCAUAAAACUUAUUUGAUGCUUAUAUCAAAGAAAGAUAACAAAAACGUGAUAUCAAUUAAUAGCAAAUCAAACCUCAAAGCAAAUCAUCCAAAUAAUUAAAUUAGAUUUUUAUUAACAACCGAUAGGUUAUAAAAAGAAAUCGAAUUGCAUCAAUAUAAUAACAGGCUGAUAAGAGCCUCGAAUAGUUAAUCUCUCGUAAAAAGAGUGUUAAUUUUACAAUCUCAGAUUCAAAUUAAAAUUAAAAAAGAAAAAUAGGUAGAUUUUCUAUAUAAAUAGAGAGAAGUGUGAUUGGCUGAUAAGACCUGGAAAACUACAUGUUGAUCGUAAAUAAAUAAGAUAAAUUAGACAUGAAACUAUUUUUAGAGAAACAUUUAAUCGUUUAAAUGGUUGGUAGAUAGAUAAUGACAAUGAUACUGAAUUCUGA